UUUACACCUACUGUCCUUUUAAAAGGACUUUAAAAAGAAACCUGCGAAUAUCCAGUUCACUUAUUAGUUUGAAGAUGGCGCCAGUCUAACACUUUAAAUUCAACAUUUCUGAAACAGAAUUAAUUUGGUUCGAUUGUAUUCCUUUUGAUUUUACAUUGAUAGUGACGGUAAUAAAGUCUGUUGAAUAUUACAAUUAUACAAUGAGUGACAAAAGGUAUUGGAAAAAGCCACUGACUUUGGCAGAACUGUUAGAGGAGUUGGAAAGUGAUUCUAUACCGCAGGUUCCUAAAGGCAUUGUGAUUUUUCCACCGGAAAAUGCCAACGAUACCUGCGACACAGACGAAGAUUCUGGGGACGAGAAUGAUGUAGUACCGAAUAAUUUACCUGGGGUGCAGUUGAGAGCUCAGGCCGAAAUUGAUUUUGAGGUGGAAAGUGACAACGAUUGGGACAGCGAUGAUGGCUUACCAUUGUCAAAUUUUAUAGAGAGGCGACCUAAAAAUAGCAAGACGUUUGCUUAUACCCUAAAUAAAGAUUUAGAGAAUUCGUUUUUGGAAUGGCAACCAAUUCAAAAUGUAAAAAAUAAUCGUUCACCUGGAACUACAUUUAAGAUCUUUUUUGAUAAAGACUUAGUAGAAGAAAUUGUUAAUUUUAGCAAUGUAUAUUCACAGCAAAAAAACCGCACCGGUGACAUUACGGUAGACGAGAUGUACUGCUUCUUAGGGGUGUUACUUGUCAGUGGUUACGCAAGCGUUUCAAGACGGCAUAUGUAUUGGCAGAACUGCGAUGAUACUCAGAAUAAGCUUAUAUCAGCCGCUAUAUCCAGAGACAGGUUUCAAUUCAUAAUGAGUAAUCUUCAUUGUAAUGAUAAUACGACUCUUGACAAAAAUGACAAAUACUGUAAACUUCGCCCAUUAUUUAACAAUCUAAAUAAAAAGUUUUUUGAUUUUGCACCAAUUGAACAGAACCACAGCUUUGACGAAGCAAUGAUACCGUACUUUGGGAGGCAUACCUGCAAGCAGUUUAUAAGAGGAAAGCCGAUAAGGUGGGGGUAUAAAUUUUGGGUAGGUACUCUACGACUAGGAUAUAUAGUUUAUUUUGACCCGUAUCAAGGUUCGUCGACAACAAUUUCAGAAAAAUAUAAGCAUAUGGGUUUGGGAGCGUCAGUUGUACUCCAAUAUGCCCAAAUCACCAUUCAGUAACUCGACAGUUUUAAAGAAAAAGGCUAGAGGCACAUUUGAAUAUGGAGUUGCUGACAAUGAAAUCGCCUUGUGCAAAUGGAAUGACAAUAGCGUCGUUACAUUGGCCACUAAUGCUUGUACAGUUUUUCCAGUACAUAAAGUGAAAAGAUUUUCUCAGUCUGAGAAAAAGCAUGUGAGUAUAGAUCAGCCACGAUUAAUUAAAGCAUAUAACGAAAACAUGGGUGGCGUAGAUCGCAGUGACCAAAACAUAGGCCAAUACAGAGUUUCCAUACGUGGUAAGAAGUGGUAUUUUCCUUUGUUUUCGCAUUGUGUCGACAUGGUAGUACAAAACUCAUGGCACCUUCAUAAAAAUGAUGGUGGUACCCUUGACCAACUACAAUUUAGAAGAGAUAUCGGUACAGAACUAUUAGAAUCCCACAAGAAAAGCACUAAGAAAGGGCCUUCAAAGUUGCCGAAAAACGCGCACCAAUAUACGCGCUAUGACAGACUAGAUCAUUUAGUGAUAUACCAAGAAAAUCAGCGAAGGUGUGCUGUGUGCCACAAAAAAGCAAAUUUCUUGUGUCAAAAAUGCAAUAUUUCUCUUCACCCAAAAG